CAGCAGCCAUAGCAUAGUAGUACAGCAGCACUAGACGCCGCUGCCCCGCUCGGUCCAAGAAAUGAACGCUCCCGAGAGGUCGGAAUCAUGGCGACUAAACGACGAUGAGAAAAAGCUUGCCUACACACCAGACACCAAAAUCCCGCACGCCGGGACCUUCGAGAUCAUCAAGGAGGACCACACGCUCGGAAACCUGCUGCGAAUGCAACUGCUAGCCGACAGGCAGGUUCGGUUUGCCGGGUACAUGCAACCUCAUCCGUUGGAGAACAAGAUCCAUAUCAAGGUCCAAACGAACGGUGACAACACACCGGUGGAUGCUUUGUCGGCGGCGACUGAGGAUCUGUCACAGGAGAUGGAAGGGCUGCGGGAAGUUUUCCAAGAGCAGGUUGCGGCUGCCAAGCACGCCGCGGAGCAGGAGCAGUUCGGGUCAUAGUUUAUGUGUCGAUGUGUAGGAUGGCUUUGCGUCGUUGGCUGUUAGCGGCGGAGCAACCGCGUUGUUGCUGGGUGCCCCUACCGCUCGCCACGAUCCCCUGCGCGGCCAGAUUGAUGUUUACUCCCGCGUGCCUUGUAUGUACGUACGGUGAAUGAUGUAGUGUAUUGUUGACGUUGGACGGCGUCAUUUACAGGCUGAUAUGUGUACAGUGAUGGAAGCCUUCGUUGUCCAUGUUUUCUUGUUUCGCCGGCGCUUAGCGAGCACGUGCUGCAUCCCCCCGCUCCUACCAAACAGACGUUCCCAGAAGGAUGUGCGGUGGGUCGUAGUUGUCACGACCAAACGUAAUGUUGACCUCAUGCUCUGCUGUGCAGUUCUAUCAGCCGGUGCAUAGACAACCUAGUCGUGUUGCGGUUUGGCGGAGGCACUGUCACCAUUAAAAAAAAAUACAACUGUUCAUUCUUGUUUUUGGUUUUCCUCUUGGUGAAACUAUUAUGCAUGUGCAUCGAAAGGAGGCCUACAUAUUUUGGUACCCUUCCACACUCGUGGGUGCCUUCCUCUCGACCAUGCCCCACCAAGAGGCUGCCGUGGGUCCCCAACACAUGCCCUUCCGCUUCUUCUAUCACCAGCAAGAAAAAACCGGCACACGCCAGGCUACCGUAAGCCGGUGGAGUCAUCACCAGCGGCGGUUUGCUGCAAAAUACCGGGCCAACGACUUUCUUACUACCCAUUUUGGACGAGCGACUAGGCGCGCAUUCAGAGUCCCCGGCGGCCGCUCCGCAAACGAUGCCCAACACAAGCGGCCACCGCCCCCCCCCC